AGCCACUUGACAGCUGAUUGUCUUGCGAGCGGGUCUCGUCUCUUGUAGAGUUCUACAAAGAAAGUUAUUGCAAAACUUUACGUGCAAGUGUUUCAGUUUCUAAGCAGAAGGAAUAAUGGAAAAGCCGACAGUUACUGUGACUGACCAGCCUCCACCGUACUCUGCUGCGGUGCCAGCACCUGGACUAUAUCCCUGUAGCUUUUAUAAACGAAUACUGGUUACUCCUUCAGGUGCCCCCCCUGCCGGCGCGCCAUACCCCCCUCCCCCGCCGCCGCCCGGCUACACGCCGUACGGGCCCGCGCCGCCCAACACCGCCUACCUGCCCAACUACGGCGCCACCACUGUCAUCAUCCCGCCACAGAUAAUCGCCGUGAACGCGUGCCCGGCCUGCCGCGUGGGCAUCCUGGAGGACGACUUCACGUGCCUCGGCAUCCUGUGCGCCAUCUUCUUCUUCCCCCUAGGGAUACUCUGCUGUCUCGCUCUCAAGAACCGACGGUGCUCCAACUGCGGGGCUAUGUUCGGAUAAUUCUGUAAUACCUAGACAAUGUGACAAUGGUUUAUUGACGUCAAUCGAAAAGUAAAACAGUAUAGGAAUGAUAACGGUCGGAAAGUCACAUGAUAAUUCUCAUACAUUGUUUAAGCGAUUGGCGUUUUGUAUAACCGAUUGUCACUAGGCUUCCUGGUUUGAGAAUAGAUUAUUGGCGAAUGAGGAUAAAAACUGCUUAAUGCUCGCCAUAGAUGGCGCUGUGGGUUAAAAGUGACAAAAUGUCCUGUAGUCUGUGGUUUAUCUUUAUUUUUUAUUUUAUAAAAGUAUCUUACGAAUUUCAAUAAUGAUAAAAUAUAUACUCAAAAAGGAACAAAUAAUUGCGUGUACUAGGUUUACGGUCAACUUGAAGAUUCUUAAAGAAAUUGGGCUCAGUUUAUUGAAUUUAUGAAGUUUACCUUAACUCUCACUUGGACCCAUUAUACUGCACUGCAGCGCCAUCUCUGUUGAGCUUUGCGUGUUUAAACAUUGAGUUUGAAUCGUUUGUGAUGUACGAAAAGAGAAACUCUUUCAUACCCGAUAUUAUAUUUGAAUUUUUUUAAGUUAAAUAAAUACGAAAUAAAGCGUAUUGAAAGAGUUCAAAGAGAUCGAUCGAUCAUGGGUGAUGUAAAAAUAAGUAAUUAGUCCUGAAAUGUAUAACUCGGCGCUGGCUAGCCAGUUCCUUUGCUUGAACUUGGCUUGACAUGCUGCCGCGUGUCUAGAUCACCAAACAUGAUCCGUCCAGUGACCCUCGGGUUAAAAAGUUAUUUUCCAAUUUUUUUGUUUAACUAACUGUGGAAACUUAAUUGAUUUUACAUUUUUUAUAUUUGAAAUUAGUUUCUUUGCAUAAAAGGUAACCUAGACAUGUUGCAUUCCACUUAAGUAAAUAGUUUUGCAAAAAUAUAUUGACAUAAAAAUAAAUAUUUUUCCAACAUUAUGCAAUCUAAAAUACAUAAAGAUUUCAGUUAAGAUUUCUGCAAAUUAUAAAUGAAAGACUAAUUAUAACUAUAAGUGAGUAAAUAGGUACAACCCACUUGCAUAGAAUAAAAAAACCUAGAACUGUCAACAAGUCUGUGACCUUGAAACAGCUGAUCAUGAACUUCAUGAACUCAUGAAUGAACAUGAAAAACAUGAAUAACUAAGCAAUUGAUAUUGUGAUACCGAUGGUUUAGGGAGAUUGAAGUUAAAGUUAAAGCGACAUUUAGACAAACGUAAACUUAGCUGCUUUCUGCAGCUGCUGCAGUUGGCUAAAUUUAGCCAUGACUAAAAACCGCUUUAACAGGGUUUGUGUUUUAAAACUUUUGAUCUUUUCUUUUUAGAAAACAAAGUCCUAAAUCUAAAUUAAACUUUAAGAUAAAUGUCUGAGUGCUCGAUACUGUACCAGCACAGGUCAUCUUUGAGUCAUUUUUAACCAUUUGACCGCUAAAGACGUCAUUAGACACGCGCGGCUGCAGACCAAUAUCAACCUUCGUGCACUCCCACAAGGUUCACGAUGACGCGCUGCACACGACAGGCGCCGUUCAAAGGGUUAAUAGAGAUAACAGUAGGGAGGUCUGGUAGCAUGUAAAGCUAGGACAUUAAUCUUAAAGGUUCAGCUUAGCCUGUUUAUAUAAAUAUUUCAACGUAUUUUGUUUAGUUAUAAGUAAUUGAAUAAUACUGUCGAUUAUUUAGAUUUUAAAAUUUUGAGCAAUAUUUUCUACUAGUAAGUAUUAAUAUUGGUUUGCUACUAUCUAAAUUUCCUGAAUUAUUAUUGCUUUAAUGUUCAAAAGUAUAUUUGAUUCGAGUUUUACCAGAAUUUGAUUUAUAAUUAGAAAAAAAUCAUAAAAUUGUAUGAGAAUUAAAUGGCCAGUAUCACCUGUAAACAUUUUGCCAUUUUAUAGAGACAGGAAAAGAGUAAGAACUGUGCCCUGUUUAUCAAAAGCUUGUAACUUGUAAUACAAAUGGAAGUCCCUUUCUAACAAAACAGUCAAAAAGGGACUUCCGCUCGUAUUACAAGUUACAAGCUUUUGAUAAACAGGGCACUGGUAAUGUCCAUGUGCCGUGGUAAAGGCAGUGUGACCCCUACAGACUUGGCCAAACGUUCAACAAACAACAAUAUGAGACUGUAAGUACCUCACUAAAGGCACAUUGACUUCGUAUUUAGGGAUUACCUGCAGUCCUCUGUCUCUGCGUUGCGUUAAAAAUAGAGUAAGUUUAUGGUUUUAAGGGGUUUGUUAGGAUUCGUGGAGUUUUGUAUUAUAUUGCACUUAAUUUGCCAUAAGGACGUAUGCCUUCUACAUUAUCCACCAAACGGUAUUGCCAUAUACUCGUAUGUAUUUUAAGCCCUUCAACGUCAAUUAUUUGUUGGUAUUAAUGUGACAUUUUUGAAAUUCUAUAACAUAAUUUUUUUAUAUAAUGGCAUCUUCUUUUGACAGCUUAAAGUUUAAACUCCCCAAUUCGCUUUGCGCGAAAUGUAUGGUGAGGUAGGUAACUAAUUAAACUUAUUAUGGAAAAACUUAUGUUUUCAUGCUGUUUGAUAAAAUGUCUACUGUCCAAUAACUAGUGUGUCCUAUAGCCGCCAGGGCGGCGACGCUGUCAUGAAAACUGCCAAUAUUCGCUGGCGACAGGGAGUCAAGAGUCAAUCCUGAUACCUUAAAGGCAAUUUGUAAGUUCUGCAGUUUUUGUAAUGGCAGCCGGCGUAUUAUGGAUGGUUUUAUCCAUCUUUAUCCACGUGAUAAAAUAACUGUCACUUUUUAACACCGUAGGAUACAAAGUGACGGACACUGUUUUAUCACGCUGUCACGUAGACAAAAACGACCAUCAUAUCCGUACAGGUGUCUGAGGUUUUAGAAACGAUUGAUUUUAGUAAUUCUUUCUGUUAACUUGAUCCAUUACUAUACAAUUUCCUUAAAAUAUGAUUUAUUGCUUUUUUUAAAUUUAGUCUACGUCUGUUUGUAUCAUUUUUAUUUUAGAAGUAGUAUAUGAAAGCCCUAGGUAGGAACAUAAGUAAGUAGGCACUAGUUUAAGUAUGUACUGGUAUCUAUUAUAUGAAACAUAUAGUAUAAGACUAUUGAAUUUGUAAAGAUUUAUACAAUAAAAGUUGAAAUGCAAUAUUA